AAAUAAAGUAACAAAACCUUCAAAUUGAUACUAAAUAAUAUAAAAAAAAGGAGCAGGAUGCCCCUGAGAGCAGCACUGAUGAAGUGUCAGUGCAUUGCUUUUAGGACAUUCCUACGUUAUAACAAAAUGUGUUUCUUAUAUAUCUACAUAUACAAUUAUUUUUUGACAAACAUGAAAAUCAGGUUUCCUCCAUAUCUUUAGUACUGCCAAAUCAUAUAAAAAUACUGUUCCUAAGGAUUUCUGAUUACAUAUUAGAUCUUUUUACUGGAAUUUAAUAAUUUACUGUGGUAUCGCCAGGUUAUUUAUUCCAUGGCCGUUCAUGCGAUGCUGUUUGCGUGCAUGUGCGUCAGAGAGUUGUGACUCGUCCAUGUAGUACAAGAAAGCACAUUAACGAUGAUGAAUGAAACUGCUGCUGUUUCUGUUUUUGUAGGUUAUGGAUAGCUAUUAAAAUAUUGCAAUUACAAAUACAAUAAGUAAGCAAAUCAAGUAAGCAGUUUAGAAAUAAACUAACAAAACCUUCACACUGAUAUUAAAUAAUGAAAUAAACAUUAUCCCAUAUUCCGUAAUCAAAUAAAUGACUGACCCAAACAAAUAGGCAGUUUUGUCUGAGUAGAACUGAGUGAAUCAGCACUGUUCUUAACGAUGGGGGGGAAAAGCAUGUUGGUCUAACAAGACCCAGGGGUAACCAUCACCUCUCCCACACACACAAAGACACACAAGCAAACACACAUAGGACAUCAACUUAAAUUAUUUUGGCCAAUAAUACUGGCAAUCAAUACCACCACCCUCAGAGAAGCAGUUUAAUAACACUCAUGCAUUCAUUAUCUUGUUCAACCUUGUGUCCUAAACCCUCAAAUCCACAGGUGAUCUACCUUCCCUGGAUUACAGUGGAUCCUUAGGCAGUUCCAAACAAUCAAUACGACUGCAGGGAACGGUGAGGAUUCAGGGUCCUCAGCACUGCAAUUCGGACUUUUCCUUCUCCCCUGCACACCUGCCUCAGCUCACAGGUUCAGAGGAUUAUGAGCUGAAUCAUGUGACUGAAAGCAGUGGGAGGAGAUGACGACAACGACGAUCACGAUUUUACUUAUAUUAUCACUUUACAAAGUAGGAAUAUAGUAAAAGCCCAGGGAAAAAACUUAAAAGUGUACAUGAACACAUACACACAUACAAACAUCAACAUCACUCAAAAAAAAAAGACACAUUUCAGCAGAAAGCUAUAGACAGAAGAGUUACGACCAACCAGAUGAGUUUGGGGAGAACAAAAAAAGAAUGCGAGAGAGAAUGCACGUGAGUGUAUUUAGUUGGGACUAAUAAGUGAGAUUGCUAAAAACAAAACUAAAAACAACAGUAUAAUGUCCCACCAUUUGUAUGAUGCUCUUAGAGUUAUGACCCAUUGGGGAAUGCAAUUCAGGCAGUUGCAUAGCAACUGAUACCAGAAUUAAAUUGCCCCUAAAGAUUAUGGUGGUCAGCACUGCUGGUGCUGACUGGGCUGGUACAGUGUGUGUGUGUGUGUGUAUGUGUGAGUAUAAAGGCAAAGUUGAUGCAGUAGAGGACAUUACUAGGAGGUCCCAGGCUGUGACACACACACACACACAGGAUAAAGAGAAGAUGUGUGGGACCGUGGAAGACGGGUGAUGAGAGGAAAGGAUGGCACAGGUGCUCCCAGUAGAUGCCAUCUUGUUCGGGAUUCUGGUCUUCUCAGGUAUACUGGGAAACAUUCUGGUCAUCUUUGCGGUUUGCCAGUCGGCUCUCAAUCACCCCUCUCAUCACCUAGCGCCCUCUGACAUCAUCCUGCUCAACCUCUGCCUGGCAAACCUGCUGACCUCCUUGUUCCGUAUCGUCCCUAUCUUCAUCUCGGACCUGGGUCUGAACGUGUCUCUGGAGGUCACCUGGUGCCGCCUCUUCAUGCUCCUGUGGGUCUGGUGGCGGGCGGUGGGCUGCUGGACCACGCUCACCCUCAGCGCCUUCCACUAUGCCACCCUGAGGCGCCGGCGCGCCAUUGCAGGGCCGCUGGCCCAGCGGAGGAACCGCCGGCGAGUGUGGGUGGUGCUGGCACUCGUGUGGGGGGCCAACCUUGCCUUCUCUGUGCCAGCCCUCAUCUACACGACGCACGUGCAUGGCAAUGCCACCACGGUGCUGAUGGUGAUCAGCUGUACCACACGGCCGCUGCUGGGUUGCAUGUGGGAGUUCCCUACGCGUGAGCAGGGCUCAGCAUUCGCCUUUACUUCCCUGGUGCUUAACGAGGUCCUACCCCUGCUGCUGAUGGUGAGCACCAACCUGGCCACCCUGCGCACCCUGGUCAAGCAUAUCCGCACCGUCACGGCUGGCGGCGACACGGCAGGAGCUCAAGUGAGCAGUGAGAGGAAGGCGGGUCAUGUGAUCGUGGCGCUCGUAACGCUGUUUGUGGUGAGCUGGGUCAUGCAGGUCGCCGCGGUGACUUACUACAACUACGACGGCGGCGUGCACACAGAGGGCCUUCUGACAGUCUCGCAGUUCUCCGCCUCGCUAUUCGUGGGCUUCAGCCCCUUGGUGGUGGCGCUGGGGCACAGCAAGCUGCGCCAGAGGAUCGUGGGCAUGGUGCAGGCGCUGAGACGCAACUGCUGCAAUGCCAUGAGCGAGCAGAAGAGGGAGCCAGAGAUCAGCUUUUGCACAAGCAGCAAACUCACCUAAAACAAGCAAACACACACAAUAGGUGUCUGAUCCUAUUACUGGACAUCAACAGGUAAUCUUGCACUGUAAGCAAACCUAUAAAGGAUUUCCAAGGUCCUAAUCUUACAACUGCAUGAUAACAGGAAGGUUGGUUAAUGGGAGCAGGACUGGUAUGACCCUAAAGGUCAAAGGACCAGGAGUGCAUCACACCUGACAUACAGGCAGAAAAGCAACAGAGAACCCCAUGAGAGAUGUGGAGCAUUCUCCUUCCGUACUUCACUUUGACAUAAUCGGUCUCACUAACCACAAUGUUUGUAAAGAUAUUGUAAUACAUUGGUGAAGAAUCUGUUCUUGGGUCUCCUUUUUUCACUCUUCUCAUCCAACAUUCAUAGCCAUCUUACAUUUAGGCCAAAUAUUACACAAUGUUUUACACAUUUGGGUCCAUAUCAAACUCAAUCGCCUGCACUGUUAUUUUAUGGCCUUUUUGAAAUCAUAUUGUUGAUGGUUGUAUGCACGCACGCACGCACACACGCACACA